GCUCCUCCCGUCGGUGGCGGGGCUGAGUGGCGGCGCGGCGGGGACAGCAGGGCGCGGAGGCGGGACCGCGGCUCCCCCCGCCCCGGAGCCAGGCGGCGGCGCGCGCGAUCGCGAGCGGAGAGGAGCGGAGCCGGCGCGGGAGAGGCGGUCGCGAGCACGAGUGGGGUGGGGCGUGCCCGCGGCCCCCGCCCCCCUCCCCGCCGGCCCCCCGCAGCCCGGGCGCCCACCCGGCCUCCCAGGACGUCGCGGACGCGCGGGGACGCGGACCGAGGCCGCCGCCGUCGGGAGGCCGCCCGCGAGCCGGAGCGCAGCGCUGCGGAGCCCGCAGAGGGCAGGCUGGCCGGGCCUCCCCGCCACAGACGUUGCGUGGCAGCCACGGAGGACCGAGGCCGGCGGGAGAGGCCGGACCAGGACGGAGCCGCGGCGGCCGCACCUGAGCGCGGGGACCCGGGAAGCAACCGGGCGGGCAGCCGCCUCCUCCAGCCAGCUCUGCCCGAGCGCGAGCGGGGUCCCUGGAGCCGGCUGCCACCCUCGGCCCUGCACCCCAGCCUCCAGGCCCUGCAGCUGAGCCCCCCGCCGGAAAGGAGCCCCCCAGCUUCCUCUUGGAAGACAGGAAGUGCCCUGCUGUCCCCAGGCCCCGGAGGACCCGGGCCGGCCAGCCUGGGGACCUGGCCCCCGAGACCGCGGUGGCCAUGUCGCGGCCAGGCCAGGGCCUGAUGGUGCCCGGGACCGGGCUGGGCUUCCCGCCGCAGAACGUGGCCCGGGUGGUGGUGUGGGAGUGGCUGAAUGAGCACAGCCGCUGGCGGCCCUACACGGCCACCGUGUGUCACCACAUCGAGAAUGUGCUCAAGGAGGACGCCCGCGGGUCCGUGGUCCUGGGCCAGGUGGACGCCCAGCUGGUGCCCUACAUCAUCGACCUGCAGUCCAUGCACCAGUUCCGCCAGGACACAGGCACCAUGCGGCCAGUGAGGCGCAACUUCUACGACCCGUCGUCGGCGCCGGGCAAGGGCAUCGUGUGGGAAUGGGAGAGCGACGGCGGCGCCUGGACGGCCUACGACAUGGACAUCUGCAUCACCAUCCAGAACGCCUACGAGAAGCAGCACCCGUGGCUCGACCUCUCGUCACUGGGCUUCUGCUACCUCAUCUACUUCGAUAGCAUGUCGCAGAUGAACCGCCAGACGCGCCGCCGCCGCCGCCUGCGCCGCCGCCUGGACCUGGCCUACCCGCUCACCGUGGGCUCCAUCCCCAAGUCGCAGUCCUGGCCCGUGGGCACCAGCUCGGGCCAGCCCUGUUCGUGCCAGCAGUGCGUGCUGGUCAACAGCACGCGCGCCGCCUCCAACGCCAUCCUGGCCUCGCAGCGCCGCAAGGCGCCCGCCGCGCCGCAAUCGCAGCCGCAGCCCCCUCCGGGCGGACCCCCGGGCGCGCUCGCCGUGCGCCCCAGCACCACCUUCGCCGGCGCCGCGCUCUGGGCCGCGCCCGCCGCCACCACCACCGGUCCUGCCGAGCCUGCGCCGCCCCCCGCGCUGCCCCCGAGGAGCCCGAGCGCCCCCAGCGGUGCACCCACCCCGGGUCAGAACAACCUCAACCGGCCUGGACCCCAGCGUGCGGCCGCCAGCGUGAGCGCGCGAGCCUCCAUCCCGCCAGGGGUCCCCGCACUCCCAGUAAAGAACUUGAACGGUACCGGCCCGGUCCACCCGGCCCUGGCAGGGAUGACCGGGAUCCUCCUGUGCGCUGCGGGGCUGCCAGUGUGCCUGACUCGAGCCCCGAAGCCCAUCCUACACCCGCCACCCGUGAGCAAGAGCGACGUUAAGCCGGUGCCCGGCGUGCCCGGCGUGUGCCGCAAGACUAAGAAGAAGCACCUCAAGAAGAGUAAGAACCCUGAGGAUGUGGUUCGAAGAUACAUGCAGAAAGUGAAAAACCCCCCUGAUGAGGACUGCACCAUCUGCAUGGAGCGGCUGGUCACAGCAUCCGGCUACGAGGGCGUGCUUCGCCACAAGGGCGUGCGGCCUGAGCUGGUGGGGCGCCUGGGCCGCUGCGGCCACAUGUACCACCUGCUGUGCCUCGUGGCCAUGUACUCCAACGGCAACAAGGACGGCAGCCUGCAGUGCCCGACUUGCAAAGCUAUCUACGGGGAGAAGACGGGGACGCAGCCGCCCGGGAAGAUGGAAUUCCACCUCAUCCCCCACUCCCUGCCGGGCUUCGCAGACACCCAGACCAUCCGCAUCGUCUACGACAUCCCCACAGGCAUCCAGGGACCUGAACACCCCAACCCUGGGAAGAAGUUCACGGCCAGAGGUUUCCCACGCCACUGCUAUCUCCCCAACAACGAGAAGGGCCGGAAGGUGCUGAGGCUGCUCAUCACGGCCUGGGAGCGUAGACUCAUCUUCACCAUCGGCACGUCCAACACCACCGGGGAGUCGGACACCGUGGUGUGGAACGAGAUUCACCACAAGACCGAGUUUGGAUCCAACCUCACGGGCCACGGCUACCCGGAUGCCAGCUACCUAGACAACGUGCUGGCCGAGCUCACGGCCCAGGGUGUGUCCGAGGCUGUGGCCAAGGCCUGAGGCCCGAGUCUGCACACCUGCCCUCCUGCUUUGCCCCUGGUCUGGCACACGCCUCCCUCUACCAGGGGUGACCUGGUGGCCCCAGUUAAGGGCUGGGGAGGAGCCCGCACAAGGAGCGGGGAACGUUCCGGGGAUUUGCUUGGUGGCAGUUGGGAUGAGGGGAGGCUGCUCAGCCUGCUGGCUCUGCCCCGUUGCUCCCUGAGAGGGACCAGAGAGAAGACCGGAAACCACAGCGACCUCCCUACCGAAAAGACAGCGACCCACCCCUCACACACAAACACGCGUCCUAGUGAACACAUGCACGCACACCCACGUGCCUCCACACUCCUCCGGGUUGGGGGAGAAGAGAGAGAGAGACCCCAUCUGUGUCCCUGCUCCCUCUGUGCAGGCUUGCCUGCACCCAGGACUCAGGGCGAGUGCUGAGGCCUCCAGGGCUCUCGGGGGGAUAGAGAAUUCGGGAAGCUUGGUCUCCCCAUGCUCACCCCGCUGCUUCAUCUCUGCCCCCUGGGGGAAGCCCCCAGACCAUUGCAUAGUGGGCCAGUGUGUGCAGGGAUGUCUCUUCAUCUUUUGGAACCCUGGCUUCCUCCUCCCUUCCCCUUCUCCAGGCCUUGUGUCUACUCCACAUGAAGGCGUUCUCCUUCCUCCCCACCCUCCUCCUCGCCACCAGGCCCUUCCAACUUUGAGAUUCAAAGGCUGUCGCUUCUGCUUUCAGGAGCAAGAGGAGGAGGCCUGGGUCAAGCCAGCGCGUUGAAAGGGAAAGAGGACAGCAAAGAGUUAAUUCCCCUCUCCCGGGGAGUGGGCAGUAGGGUGGCUGAUUGUCUCUAGCCAACCAGGGGCCCGUUGCCCAGGCAACUCACCAGCUCCGCCUCUGUUGAUUGGCUGUCUCAGUGGAAGUCAGCCAAGAUUUAAAGGGACGCCAGCGAUUGCGCUUUUGAAAAACCAUACCAGUCCCACUGUGGGUGGAGAAAUAAAUGGUCUUUCUCCUCCUC